UAAAAAGUGCAUUGUACGAAAGCACGCGCACGUAAAGCCACGCAAGGUGGCCCGAGCCCUAUAAAGAGCAAAAAAAAGCCACCCAAAGUGAUUUGUAAACACGGCGCAGAGCUCUCUGCUGCGGUCACCAAUUGGCUCACUCCUGUCCUCCGUGUUUGUGUUGCGCAAAAAGCCAGACACAGCCUGGGGACAGCACCUUCACACCCAUGAUGUUCCCGAGUGCCCUGGCCAACGUAGCGCUCUACCACCACCACCACCAGCAGCAGCAUCACCAGCAGCAGCAGCAGCAGCAACAGCAGCAGCAGCACCUGCUCCACGCAGUGUACCGGCCCACGCCGACACUGGGAUUCCCCGUGUCGGCUGGCAACUCCAGCUCGUCUCAACAGCAGCAGCAGCAGCAUCAUCAUCAGCAACCGCAACAACAACAUCAUCAUCAGCAUCAGGCAGCACCGGGCAUUCAUCAACCAUCGCGCACGCUUGGGGCAAGCUUUCUCAUAGACGAGCUGCUCAGGAUAAACCGGGGUCCCCCUGGGGGCUACGGGCACGGGCGACAAGGUCCCGCGCCUCCUCCAAACGCGUCCCCUCCGGCGGGGCUGCUACCCCCGGAGCCGCUGUGCUCGGCGGCUGGGGCGUGCAUGCCCGUGACCACAGCGAGCGACGCUGCUACCGCGCUCAAGUUCGGCAUGAGGGCCAUCCUGUCGUCUCCGCCAAAGUCAGAUCCCUCGACGCACUUCAUGCAAGAGUACUCCACCAAGGCACUUCCCUACUCAUACUUCGACGGUCACUUUCAACAGUUCAUUCGGUCGGCGUAUUACCCAGCCUCGGCCGUCAUCCCCAUGCCCGGUUCGUUCUCGUGGGCCCUGGCGGCCCGCGGCAAGCCGCGCCGGGGCAUGCUGCGCCGCGCCGUCUUCUCGGACGUGCAGCGCAAGGCCCUGGAGAAGAUGUUCCAGAAGCAGAAGUACAUCAGCAAGCCGGACCGACGCAAGCUCGCCACGAAGCUCGGCCUCAAAGACUCGCAGGUCAAGAUCUGGUUCCAAAACCGGCGCAUGAAGUGGCGCAACUCCAAGGAGCGGGAGUUGCUCUCUGCCGGCGGCUGCCGGGAGCAGACGCUGCCCACCAAGGGCAACCCGCACCCGGACCUGAGCGACGUGCAAGGCCGUCGCGGGGCCGUUUCUCCCGGUGGCACGGCCACCGUCGCCAUGGCGGCGGAUGAAAUGGGACGACGGUCUCCGUCGACGCCGCUCAGCAGCAGCAGCGGCAGCGGCCGCAGCAGCGGCGGUGGCGGGAGCUUCCGCUACGAGGAGUUUCACGAGGAGCGGCAUCUCACGGCGUCGUUCGACGACUCGGAGGAGGACGACGUCGAAAUUUCCGUGCUGUAAAUUCGGGGACGGUUGGAGGUGGUGAUGGUGGUGGGGAGGGUGGGGAGGGGGGGGAUGCUGUCGUGUCUGCUCUGGUCGGCACUCUGGACUUGCCAUGCCGGGGGGGUCCCUGGCUACAAUUCAAACUCCCUGGUGUAGAAAUUCACACUCGCUGGUGCUGCAAUUCAAACUCCGUGGCCCACCUCCUCCCCCCCCCUACCCUCUGCCUGAGUCCACCCAACGUCUCUGAAAGAGAGCUUUAUAGUUCAUCGGAUUCCUCUAGGAUAAAUCAAGAUCAUGAUUGCGAACUGUAUCAAUGGGUCCACCUCAGAUUGUCAAUCAGCAGCUUGCGUGUGGGGUAGAUUGCGAGCACUCCCGGCUUUUCCAAGGCAUCUGGCGAGUGUGGAAGAGUAGGCCAAAAGUGCCCUCUUAGUUGAGACACUUCUCCCAGCGGUGGCUUCAGCAACAACUUGCAGGGCCGCACCUUUGACCUUCGCUUACACGUUGACGAUCGCCUCCUGUGCUUGACACGACCGCGUGGCACUGCCGGGGUCGAAGCGCUUCCUGCGAGGUCGCGACGUCUGGAGGAGUGGGGGGGGUGUCAGCGCGUUAUCCCACCACGCGUUGUUGAUAAAAAAUAAUGUGCCCCUACCGCCCCCCUUUUUCUUAUUCUUCUUCCACGCGUUCGUCCCACUCACGUGGGCUCUCUCUCUCCUUGUCAACCUUCUCCACGCUGCCCUCGUCCUGCGCUGUCUUUCUUUUCGCUUAUCGGCCCACCACCGUCUGAUCGCACCACAUCGCCCCCCCACCUCUCCUUCUGCCUUACCUCUUCAUCGCUUUCUUUCCACUCGCAGAGACGCGAGACAUUCGCCUCGGGCUCAGGGCCACCAAGGGCGAUGAACGCCACGUGACGGCCCUUCGAGCAGGGAUACACGCUCACUGGACUCUUCUUUUUUUUUCUCGCAUCGCGCACGCGUGUGCACGUACGUUGAACUUCUUUCGUACCGCACGCGGCCAAGCGUGCGAAUCGGAGGUGCGGUGCGUGUGAUGCGAAGGGUUGAGACGUGACUUAUUGAGGGAGCGGGUGCGUUGUUGUUGAGUGUACAUUUUGCAGAAUACCAUGUGCCUGAAACUUUAUCGCUUGUACAUACGUUCAACACUUGCCUUCAUGCCGGUGUUGUGUGCUUUGUUUUGUAUAGGAAGGGGAAAUGAGGUGCUUUUUAUAUUCCUUUUACUCUGUAGAGCUCUUACGCCUAGUAUUUAUCAUGCGAAUCCGAUAUUUUUGAACGAGAUGUUAUUUUUCACGUAGAAAUAAAGUUAUUAAAGUAAGUAUUGAGAAACGUGGAUUGCACAUAUUUUUAAUAUUGUACAUUUUUUCGGAAGAGAAUACGGUUUAAAAAUUUCAGAAACUUUAGUAUCCUUGUGUAUUGGUAUUUCUAAAAUGUUUUAAUAAACUACUGCUGAUUUAUGAA